ACUACGCCACUGGGUGCUCUCGUACAAGAAAAUCGAGCAUACGUGGCAGUCUUGUUUCAGUUAGGUGAGUGUUGUUAGCGAAAACAUUACGUGGUUUAACACCAUUCUUCACAUAUUUAGAGGAGGGGAGCUGCAGUAAAACUGUACCGGAAACAUCAGUCCAUUCUUUGAGGUAAGAUAAUGGAUUGCUGUGGUCUGCUAACUCUUCAGAAGGAACCAGUUCCUCUGAAGAGCAUUGAGGUGGAGCUGGAGGUGAGGGACCAUGUGGCUACAGUGGUCUCCACUCUGAACUAUGAGAACAAGGAGGACAAACCAUUAGAGGCUGUUUUUGUCUUCCCUGUGCCUGGAGAUGCUGCUGUCUGUCAUUUCAGUGCUCAGAUUGGACAGACACAGAUUGUAGCUGAGGUGAAGGAGAAACAGAAGGCUCGUGAGGAGUAUGAUGAUGCUCUGAGCUCCGGUCAGCAGGCCUUCCUAUUGGAGGAGAGUGAUGAGAGUCCAGAUAUAUUCUCUCUGCGUGUGGGCAGUCUGCCUCCAGGAGAGAGCGCCUCCAUCAGGUUGGAGUACGUCACUGAGCUGGCUGUGCAGGCUGAUGAUGGUCUGAGGUUCUGUCUGCCUGCUGUGAUCAACCCUCGAUACCAACCUCAGGGUAGUGAAGGUGCAGGUGUCCAGGUAAUGUCUGUUCCAGCCUCUCUGGUGCCCUACAGUCUGUCUUUUUCUGCCCGAGUGUCCUCUCCUCGUCCAGUCUCUAAAGUAGAGUCCAACUGUUCCCUGGACCCUCUGCAGUACCUCAACACUGAUCAAACCCAGGCCACGGUCAAGCUGGCUGCAGGACACAAGUUUGACAGAGAUGUUGAACUGCUGAUUUAUUACAAAGACGCCCACCAGCCCACUGCUGUGGUGGAGGCAGGACAGGCCUCUGCUGAGCCGGACUCUCUGAUGGGUGAUCCAGUGGUGAUGGUGAGUCUGUACCCUGAGUUCCCCCAGUCUGUGAUGUCUUCAAUGGCUUCAUGUGGAGAGUUUGUGUUCUUAGUGGAUCGAUCUGGAAGCAUGAGUAAUACUCGGAUCAGCAGUGCCAGGGAAACUCUGCUGCUCCUAUUGAAGAGCUUACCAAUGGGCUGCUAUUUCAACAUUUACAGUUUUGGGUCCAGAUAUGAACACAUCUUCCCUAAGAGUGUAGAGUAUGGUGAGAAGACCAUGGAGGAGGCUCUGAAGAAAGUUGAGCAGAUGGAGGCUGAUCUUGGAGGAACAGAGAUCCUGGAGCCCCUCAAACAUAUUUACAGCCAGCCCUGCAUUCCCACUCAGCCUAAACAGCUGUUUGUCUUUACUGAUGGAGAGGUGGGGAACACCAAAGAAGUGAUCGAUCUGGUGAAGAAGAAUUCAGGUUUCCACAGGUGUUUCUCCUUUGGGAUUGGGGAAGGGGCCAGCUCUGCUCUCAUCAAUGGGAUGGCCAAGGAAGGAGGAGGUCACGCUCAGUUCAUCACAGGGACUGACAGGAUGCAACCAAAAGUGAUGCAGUCGCUGCGAUUUGCUCUGCAGCCGACUGUGGUCGACAUCUCAGUCACAUGGGAUUUACCAAAGGAAGUGUCUGUCACUGUCCUCUCUCCACCAAUCACAACCCUUUUCCAGGGUCAAAGGUCAUUAAUUUAUGCCCAGCUCACUGGACAGAGCUCAGAGGCAGCAGAGGGCUGUGUGACGCUGAAGUACAGCCUGGCAGGUCAUCGCUCUGAGAACCAGCUGCACUUCAGUCUCAGACCUGCAGAGGACUCUGGCUUAAUAGUCCACAGGUUAGCUGCUCGGACUCUUAUUUCCUUGCUAGAGAUGGAAGCAGAAAACAAUCAGGAAAAAGAAGAAGUAAAAAAGAAGGUGGUGCAGCUGAGUGUCCAAUCGGGAGUGAGCAGUUCUUUCACUGCUUUCAUUGUUGUCAAUAAAGAGAACAACAAGGAGAUUCAAGGACCUCUUCUGCACCGAGACAUUCCAACGGCCGGUCUAAUGAGAUGUGCUGCUACCCCUGUACAAGCAGGUUUACACUACAAUUGUGCAGCGGAUGACUCUGAAGAGUCUGAUGAUGAUGGAGGCUUUGGUUUAUUCGAAGGCACGUGCAGUUACAGAGAAAAAACAGUUUUACACUACAAUUGUGCAACGGAUGACUCUGAAGAUUUUGAGGAUGAUUUAGGAUUCUCUCUAGGACCCGAUGACACGUGCAGUUAUAGAGCAGGUUUACAGUACAAAUGUGCAACGGAUGACUCUGAAGAGUCUGAUGAUGAUGGAGGCUUUGGUUUAUUCAAAGGCACGUGCAGUUACAGAGCACUGCCGGAUGAAGAAUUUAAGCCUGCUAAGAAGCCACCCAGAGACCCUUUGCUGCAGUUAGUCUCCCUCCAGAAGGCGUCUGGCUGCUGGCUGCUUGAUCCAGCUCUGGCUGCUGCACUGGGAAAGACCAACGAGGAGGUGGAAAAGUCAAAGCCUGAAAAGGCCAGCAGUGAAGUGUGGGCCACCAUUCUGGCUCUGAUCUGGCUUCAUGGUUUCAAGAUGGAUGCAAAGGACGAGUGGGAGCUUCUGGCUGCAAAGGCUGUAUCAUGGCUCAGUGCACAAAAAGCACCAUCUGUGACAGAGUGUGUGGAAGCCGGAAAUAUAUUGUUGGGUUGCAGUGUGCAAAAAACUGCCCUUGGCCUCUGAGGUUUUUAUUAAACUACCAACUUCUUUACGAUUCAAACACAGAAGCAGAUUUACUCCAUACUUCAUCCACAUUAAUCUUUGCAUCGUCCAACUUUAUUAUCUAAUGUGCCUUAUUUUAUGCUGCAUGUGUCCAGAGUCAGCUUUGUAGGAGGACCAAAUAUUAUUGGUUUUGUAUUCUCAUUUUAAUGUUGCCGUGUUUUUAUUUAUUUAUUAUUUAUAGUAAAUAAAUAAAAGCACAGGUGAGUAUUUUUCCUUCAUUUCUUUUCAUGAGUCAUAAUAAAACAAACUUU